GGAACCCAUCUGUCCCUCCGAGAUUUCGAUUCUUUUCUUAGAUCGCUUGCUUCCUGUGGAUAAAGAACUAAGAUCUUUUGUUAUGGUGAUAUGAUCGGUUUCAAGUUCCUGAAAAUACCCAAAUCUUUCAGAUAGUUAAGGAGGUAAGAUGAUGGAAUCAGACUUAGCCUCCGAAGACAAACAGAUGCUGAACAGGAACUCUGACCUUGGGCCAAUAGAUCCAGAAAGAGCUCGAUUUCCAUGUUGCAUAGUUUGGACACCUCUUCCUGUCAUCUCUUGGCUGAUACCUUUCAUUGGCCACAUAGGCAUCUGCAGAGAGGAUGGAGUGAUCCUGGACUUUGCUGGGCCAAACUUUGUCUGUGUUGACCACUUUGCUUUUGGGGCGGUGGCACGUUAUGUAAAACUAAACAGAGAAGAGUGUCGUAAGCUGACCGAGGGGAUGACUUGGGAUGAUGCACUCCGGAAAGGCACGCAAGAGUUUCAGCACAGAUCUUACAGUCUAUUUACCUGCAACUGUCACUCUUUCGUCGCAAAUAAUCUGAACAGAUUGUUUUACCAUGCUCAUGAAAGAUGGAAUGUGGUGAACAUAGCAGCUAUGAUUUUCCUGAAGGGUACUUGGGUGAACAGAAGAUCGGUUGUGAAAACUUAUUUACCGUUCUUAAUUGUUUACUGCAUUGGGCUUUUCCUGGGUGGGUCAAAAUUUCUUUUGGGUGUUGUAGCUUUCGCAGUUGCUCUAAUUGGUUGGUUCCUCAUUGGUACAUAUUGCUUCAAGAAGCUUAUCCAGUUGUAAUCGCAUAAUGUACAUCGUCAGACUGCUGUAAUCCAAUUAUCUCCAUCCACAUGAUAAUGUAUCCAGGUAUAAUGUUCAAAAUGCUUUGUGGUGAAUGUUGGUCAUAAAUUGAAGAUAA